UAAUUAACAGCGGCAUUCGGAUUUUAAAUAUUCAAUAGUAACUCAAUUUUACAAUCGACAAAACUGUUUUCGAAUUUAGAGCAGUGCGCGGUGAGGUUUGCUUUUGUGAAAUGAGACUGGCCGGUUAGAGCCGCCACGAAAAAAAUAUGUGCGAGAACUUUUUGUAAACAGAACGGUUAAUUUCAAAAAUGGAUCGUGAGACGCGCAGUGACACUCCGACCGAGUCGAGUCGGGAACCUAAUUCAAAAACCUCAUUUCUGAUCGAAGACAUCCUCUUUCGUGGACAGAAACCUCAUUUUAAGGCUCCUACACCAGUUGACUCCAUACGGCGUUCCUUCGACUAUGAAAGACCUGAGCCAAAGCCCUAUUUCCCAGUGCCAAGUGACAUGAGACCUCACGUGCCAGGCCGGGAAGGGUCGUAUUUGCAAGUCAUGGGGGCCUUAGGCGCAUAUUUACAUACGCCGAAUACGUACAAGGCGGUCGACGCCCCGUAUUUCCUAUCGCAAGGAGUCCCGUACCACGCACUAUUCAGUCCAUCGGAGUUGUCUCUAUCGGCCCUCAAGCACUGCCGAAGGAGAAAAGCAAGGACCGUGUUCUCUGACCCACAGCUCACAGGUCUGGAGAAGCGGUUCGAGUCCCAGAGGUACCUGUCAACCCCCGAGCGAGUGGAGCUGGCGGGCGCGCUCAGCCUCUCGGAGACGCAGGUCAAGACCUGGUUCCAGAACCGCCGCAUGAAGCACAAGAAGCAGAUGAGGAAGCAGCAGCAGCAGAGAGGUUAGUGGGGAUUUUUUUUAUAGAUGCAUUAUGCUGAGUGGGAAGCCUUUUGCUGACAUUUAGGUAUUUAGUUGUAGUAGUCGGGUUGCCCACUUACCCGACAACUCUCUCAGCACAAGCUUGCUUGUGUUGGGGUCCACCAACCCGCGCUAGGUUAGCUUGGUGGACUAGGCCUAAACCCUUCCUUCAUUGGAAGGAGACCCGUGCCCCAGCAGUGGGGACGUGGUGGGUCGUGAUGAGGUAUUUAGUUAGAAAACCAACAACGUUGUACGUUGUUUAUGUUACGUAAUGUAUUUAAUACAUGUGACAUAUUAUUAGUGACAUAUGGUGACUGGCUAAAAAUGCACAUGUUGACAUCUUUGAUUAUAUAAGGUUGACAUGUUGCUUACCAUACCAAAUUUCAUUGAAAUCGAUUCAGCCGUUUUGACGUGAAGAAGUAACAAACAUACACAUACACAUAUCUUUCCGUGUAACUUGUGUAUGUAUCUAUUGUGUUCAGGUAAAUAAAUAAUGUAUUUAUCUAUCUCUUCUAGGGGCUUAGUGUAAGUUUUUCAAUAUCGAUUGAGCAGUGAAACCUAACGCAAAAUUGUAUGGCGCGGAGCUAGUGCAGCUACUUACCGCUAGGUGGCGACUCUCCCGGGCCAUCGCACUAAUAUACACAGUUUUUUCAUUCAAUAUU